AUGGCGGAAAUCCGUGAGUUGCUCGCCGGCAUGGGACUCAACGCCAACCGCAACCGAAACACCCAUGGAUUAGGAGUCGGAGGUUUCGCCCGAGGCCAGCAGGGUGGUAGGCAUGAGGGGCGCGAUGAGGAGCGCAAUACCUGCUUCCGUCAACGGCGUCCAUACGAGGAAGACGAAUCUGAUGAAGAAGAAGAAGUCUGCGAGCAUGGCCAGCAGGGUGGACGGUACAGAAGAUAUGACGAGUACAGAUUAAAAACGGAUAUUCCUACUUUCAAUGGGAAUAUGCAUAUUGAAGAAUUUCUUGAUUGGGUGUCUGAAGUGGAGAGGUUUUUUGAGAUGAUGGAAGUAUCUGAGGGGCGUAUGGUGAAGCUCGUGGCUUUCAGACUGAAAGGCGGCGCAGCUGUUUGGUGGGAUACCCUACAGAGAAACAGGGACCGCCAAGGAAAGGCACUAGUUCGCACUUGGAGGAAGAUGAAACAAUUGCUUAUGGAAAGGUUUUUGCCACCUGACUAUGAACAAUACUUAUUUCAAAUGUAUCAGAACUGUGCCCAAGGAAGUAAGUCUGUAUUUGAUUAUACCACUGAAUUUUUCAGACUUUCUGCACGAAAUAAUCUGAAUGAAACUGAGCCACAGCGAGUAGCAAGAUAUUUGAAUGGUUUGAGGCCCAAAAUUCGUGAGAAGAUUGGGCAGCAGGUGCUGUGGUCUGUAGAAGAAGCUCAUAACAUGGCGUUGAAAGCGGAACUGCUAGAAAACACAGGGGGAAGACCUGAAUAUUCAUUUAGAAGUAAUGUUGAUGCUGGUAACUUUCCGGGAAAGGGAAGAGUGUCGCAGCUUUCAAACCCAAACCAGUCUGACCAUGUUGGUGCAUGGAGCAAAGAUGGCAAUAGCAGCGUAGGCGCCAAGGAGAGACAACUAGCAGGAUCUAGCAGCAAGGAACCACCCAAGAAUUCAAAUCCAUAUGCUAGAGCCACGUCGGUGAAGUGUUACAGGUGCGGUAAGCCUGGGCACCGUUCUAACGAGUGUCCAGCGAGAAAGCCCGUGAACUUGAUUGAACCCGAAGAAGAGUCCGAGGAAGAAGAAGAGCAGCUAGUCUAUGACAAUGGUGUGUAUGAGGUUGGGGAAGAAACUCAAGGGGAACGAAUUAACUUAGUUCUACAGCGAGUCCUAUGUUCAGCCAAACAAGAGGAACUUCCACAGCGACACGACAUUUUUCAGUCUUUAUGCACCAUCAACAAGAAGAUUUGUAACCUUAUUAUUGAUAACGGCAGUUGUGAUAACUUCGUGGCAAAGAGGUUAGUGGAUCACUUGAGACUGGCAACUGAAGCACACCCUUCGCCUUAUUUUAUUGGUUGGGUGGAGAAGGGUCCAAAGGUUAAAGUGACUGAAGUUUGUAAGGUGCCUAUCUCGAUUGGAAAGCAUUAUAGAGAUGAAGUUGUCUGUGACGUGAUCGACAUGGAUGCCAGUCAUGUGUUGUUGGGAAGGCCCUGGCAAUAUGAUGUAGAUGCAACUUAUAAAGCUAGAGAUAAUGUAUAUUUGUUUACCUGGGAGGGCCAUAACAUUGCUAUAGUCCCUACAAAAGAGUCUAACAAAAUUUCCAAAGCCGCUGGGAUGGAAGGGAAAUCUUUCCUAACUCUGUCCAGAUCUGAAAACGACUUUGAGGCGGCAGCGAAGGGGUCUCAGGAGGUUCACGUGGUAGUGGUCAAAGCUUUGGUUGUAAAUUCAGAAAAGGAAGAAGGGAAGGAAGCGCCCCGAGAAGUUCAACAGUUACUCGAAGAGUUUAAGGAGUUGGUAGCUGAAGAUUUACCCAAUCAAUUGCCACCUAUGAGGGAUAUUCAGCAUCACAUAGAUUUGAUACCUAGAGCAAGUCUGCCAAACCUCCCUCAUUACCGCAUGAGCCCAAAGGAAGGUGAAGUUUUAAGAGAAAAGAUAGAGGAGUUACUGAGGAAAGGAUUUAUUCGAGAAAGCAUGAGUCCUUGUGCUGUUCCGGCCUUACUAACACCAAAGAAGGAUGGAAGUUGGCGGAUGUGUGUAGACAGCCGAUCCAUAAACAAAAUCACAGUAAGGUACAGGUUUCCCAUACCUCGCUUGGAUGAUAUGUUGGAUAUGUUGGCAGGAUCUAAAGUGUUCUCCAAAAUCGACUUGAGGAGCGGGUAUCACCAAAUCAGAAUUCGGCCUGGCGAUGAGUGGAAGAUCGCUUUUAAAACUAAGGAAGGGUUGUACGAGUGGCUAGUUAUGCCUUUUGGGUUGUCCAACGCACCGAGCACCUUCAUGCGGUUGAUGAAUCAGGUGAAGGCCAUCCGCGAAUGGCCUACUCCAAAGACAGUGACUGAGGUACGUAGCUUUCACGGGUUAGCAACCUUCUACAGGAGGUUUAUCAGAAAUUUCAGCACUAUUGUUGCACCGAUUACUGAAUGUCUGAAGAAGGGGAAGUUUAACUGGGGAGAAGAAGCAGAAAAGAGUUUUUCUUUGAUUAAAGAGAAAUUAUGCAGUGCACCUAUGUUGGUUUUGCCGAGUUUUGACAAACUCUUCGAAGUAGAAUGUGAUGCUUGUGGAGUGGGGAUUGGGGCUGUUCUGUCCCAGGAUGGGAGGCCUGUUGCAUUUUUUAGUGAAAAACUUAGUGAUGCCAGGCGGAAGUGGUCCACAUAUGAUCAAGAGUUUUAUGCAGUUGUAAGAGCCUUGAAGCACUGGGAGCAUUACUUGGUACAGAGGGAAUUUAUCCUGUAUACUGAUCACCAAACAUUGAAGUUUUUGAAUAGCCAGAAGCAUCUGAGCAACAUGCAUGUUCGGUGGUCUACAUAUUUGCAGAAGUUCUCUUUCGUCAUUCGGCAUAAAUCAGGAGCUUUAAACCAGGUGGCUGAUGCAUUGAGCCGUAGGGCUGUGUUGUUGGUGACCGUGAGUCAAGAGGUUGUUGGAUUCGAAUGUCUGAAGGAACUAUAUGCAGAAGAUGAAGACUUUAAGGACGUAUGGGCGGCAUGCUUAGCGAAGCCACCUACAGGUGAUUUUCAUGUUUAUGAGGGAUAUUUAUUUAAGGGAAAUCGCCUGUGUAUCCCCAGAGUCUCCUUGAGGGAGAAACUUAUUCGAGACUUGCAUGGAGGUGGUCUCAGCGGCCAUUUGGGAAGAGAUAAGACCGUGGCACUUCUAGAAGAGAGGUACUUCUGGCCCCAACUGAAGAGGGAUGUGGGAAACCUAGUGAGAAAGUGCUAUGUUUGUCAAACAGCAAAGGGGCAAGCACAAAAUACAGGUCUCUACACUCCCUUACCUAUUCCUAAUGAUAUUUGGGAAGAUCUAUCUAUGGAUUUUGUGCUUGGACUUCCACGUACACAGUGA